GACCUCAGUUGCAGGAAGAACAAUUAUUAAAUACUUGCUUAAAGACGAUCAAGACAGGCCUAUAGGCGUCGACAAUAUGGCCACUCACCACGAGAGACGUACGCACGUGUACAUUCUGGGUAAAGAUAUGACAACAUUUGGGCAUAUUCACUUUGAAGAUUUUCCAACGCUGAAUAAAGAAACAGACAUGGUAGCAGGUAUAUACAGAGUAGCUUUCACCUUCCCGGCGAAUGGUGAAUACUUUCUUGGAUUCAGCGCGAUAACUUACAACGAUGAUGGUGAGGAGGCUCUUAUACAUCUCGAAGAGCUCGUGGAGGUCGAUACAGGGGAUGAGAAUCUGACUAUGAGUGAUUUCGAUGCCUUCAAGGCUCUCAACAAGCAAAACGCAGAUUUGAUUAAUUAUGUUCGAGGGGUGCCGCCCCAUAACGUGUUUAGAGUGCGGGAAAGAUAUACACACCCCUUGACACUGAUCGAGCCCGAGCACACGGCUCUCAAGACUGCCAAACAGGCAUACGCAGUGAAACUGUCUACUGCCGAUGGCAAGUUUGUUGUCGGCAGAGAUUACGAAUUCGCGCUGUCGUAUCAGAAAAAGGGUCCGUGUGUUGAUGGUAAAGAUGUUGGUACAACAUUACCCUGUUUCUACCGAAUGGAGACGCUGGCAAAGUACCUCAGUGCACCUGCGCACAUCGCUGUAUUCCACGAGGACCUUCAAUCUUUUCUUCAUCUGCACGCUGCAGCUAUAAAUAGCGAAUCCAAGGAAGCAGAUGAAAUAAUUCCAGUGAUUGUGGGCGAUCUAGCCAAUGGCGACGUUGAAAUAGAGUUUGUAGAUGCCGCAGAGAUUGACCAAGAAGAGUCCGAUGAGAUUAUGUCUGACAAUAUUGCUCAACAGAGAGAAGAUGAGAUGGAGGCAGAAGAAGAAAGAGAAAAAGACAAGGAAGCUAAACAAGUUUUGGAAAAAUAUGUUGAAGAGCUCGUCGAGGAGGAGAAGGGGCGUGCCGACGUGAUGGAAGAUGAUGAAGACACCAACAGGCCAUAUAGGCCUGAUGACGACGAUGACGAUGGUGAUGAUGAUGAUGAUGAUGAUGAUGAUGAGAUGCAAAGCGAUAGUUAUACUGAGAAUAAUACUAAAAAAGAUGAUGAGAAUGGUAUUGAUAAGGACAGAAGCAAUGUAUAUAUUGAUGAUGCUGAUGCUGCUGCUGAUGAUGAUGACGCUGACGAUGCUGCUGCUGAUGAUGAUGACGCUGAUGAUACUGCUGAUGAUGAUGAUGAUGCUAAUGAUGAUGAUGAUGCUGAUGAUGAUGAUAAUGAUGAUGAUGAUGAUGAUAGUAUAGACGCAGUCGACGCGGCCGUCAUAAAGCAGUUGGACCAAGACGAGCAGAAACUCGACCAAGAACAUGCGGAAGCAGUACGCGUAGGCGACAAUGAAAAAGCGGAAAGUCUCGAGGAAGAGAAAAUCGACAUUGAAAACUCAAAGGGCACGGCUGGUAUAUUCUCCGGAUUAAUUGAGGAAGCGGAGGAGAAAGAGAAAGAGUUUGAAGGGGAUACCGAAGAUAAUGGUACAGAAGAAGGUGACACAGUGGAGUCACUCGAUGAAGACGGUAACUCACUUGGGCACAUGGGUGAGAUCAAUGGGAAAUUACACGUGGAUAAGGCUACUGAGGAAGUGAAGAUCAACGCAGCCCAAGUCGAGGGUGAUGAUGGUGACACUGUGGACGACGAGGGCAACAUCAUAGAUGAUGCAGACGACAGUGAAACUGGUGCGGAGUCCGCAGAAGAAGUCGAGGAAGAGGUCGUUGCUGAGAAGAAAGACAAGGGUGAUGAUGAUGGCACUGUGGACGACGAGGGCAACAUCAUAGAUGAUGCAGACGACAGUGAAACUGGUGUGGAGUCCGCAGAAGAAGUCGAGGAAGAGGUCGUUGUCGAGAACAAAGAAAAGUUGGAGGAGGAUAAAACGGAACAACAACAAGCCGCAGAGCACGUGCUGGAAGAAGAGACGGAGCUCAAAGCGAUCGAGAAGGCGGAGACUCAGCAUGAAGAGAAAGAACAGGCAGUACAAAAGCAAGAAGAGACAAUUAAAGAGGAGCUCACAGCCGACAAAAACAAAGCAGCGGAGGCGGAAGCAGAGCUUAAAAAAAUGGCUGAGGAAGUGCAGGAAGCUGAGGAUGCGGAUCCAAUGAACAAGUCUGAAGUGGCGGCAGAACGGGGAGAUGCAGAUACCAAGACGACCGAGGGAGAGACAGUCGCUGGCUCUGAUGACACGGUAGACACCGAAGUAUUGGCCGAGGAGAUGGGUGAUAGUGUUGACGACGUUCAAGUACAGCUCGAAGUAGAGAAGAAAAAAGAGAAAGCAUUGGAAGACAAGUUGGAGCUCCUGGAAACCAAAGAUAACAAGUCCAGAAGCAUCAAAGCUGGAAAGAUCAAAGGCGAAGCUCAGAGAACGGCUGGCAGUGUUGUGAGACAGAAAAGACACCAAGGUCACGUCCACGUGAAUGAAGAGGUGGCUUAUCUCAGCACAAUCAUACCACAAAGCACAGUCGACCACAAGGAUGCAACCCCUUUAGAUACAUCCGAACUCAAGUUCUCGGUCAAAUUUACGAAGCCUGGGUACCACAAAGUCGUAGUUUUGGCGAAGGAUGGCGAGGAUGAUAGCUUAAUCGCGGCACACUACUUGGUGAAAGUACUUGAAGAAUAGAAGACACGAACUACUCAUACCAUUCGUUUACCAACCGAUGGAAUGCUGGGCCCACUAUUGGGCUCACAUUCACGGAGCCUGUACACUGCGGAAAGGUGACACGGUCAGAACACAGCGAGAAGAAAGCCUCAACUAUUCACAUUCCACAUGAUAUCAGGUAAUUAUAACGCCGAUAUGUAGAACGAAGAAUAAAAUAAGACAAAUAAUC